UACAUAUUGUAGACAUUAAAUUCCUACAUAUUUAUUUAUUUAUUACUUCAUUAAAUAUAAUCCAUAAACCAUAUAUAAUAAUUUGGACAUGAUAUAUUAUUACAAACAUGAGUCAAAAUUAGUCCUAUUGAAGUAUGAAAGUUAAAAAUGUUUUUGAAAUGCAAACAUGAAAACUUUUUAGUCUCGGUAGAAGACGGCUAAAUAUGAAUUACAACAAAAUAGUUUUCAUUUAAUAUAAAACUAAUUAUUUAUCAACAAUGACUGUCUACUUAACUAAGGCGAUGAUGUCCAAAUUAAAUAAGGUGUCUUAUCCUAAUAUGAAUCCACCAGAUGACGAUAAUAAUAGUGACCACUGGGACAAACUUACUAUGGACAGUAAAGUAGGCUUAAGACUGUCAAAGGAAAUGAUAUGCAGAGUUUGUGCAAGGAAUGGAUGUUUACCACUAAGUACAAAAAUUUAUGAUUGUGAUAUAAUGGGGGCAAUUCGUAGUCUGACUAAUAUAAAUAUAAAUGCUGAUGAUUCAUUGCCUAAAUACAUAUGUUCAGAAUGUCUGGAGUCCCUCAAAGUUGCCAUGAGGUUCAAAAAGAACUGCGAAUUGUCUGAUAAGAAGUUUAGAAAGAUACUGAAUCCUAUGGGUGAUCCCCUACUUCACUCAUAUCCAUAUUCCAAACACGACUUUCAACUUAUCUUGCACCAAAUGAAAUUAAAAAGAAUGGAAACAGAACAGAAAGCGGAAAAAGAAAGAAGGAGAAGGGAGAGACUGUUACAGAAGAAGGAUCCUAAAAAUAAAGAAUUCAAAUGUUCACCAUGUGAUAUGAUUUUUCCAACAAAGGACAAGUUAGUGCUGCAUCGUCGCGAGCGGCAGUGUACGAGGCGGGCUUGCGACAUCUGCGGCCAACUUGUUCGCAGUAUAGCUCAGCACAUGCGGCACAACCACGAACAGGGUUUGCUGCACAAAUGUACGACCUGCGGCAAGGAGUUCCCCAUUGUAGCCAGGCUCAAGAACCACAUGUUGGUACAUACAAACACUUUCAACUUUUUCUGCGACCUGUGCCCAUAUAAGUCGAAGCACAAAUAUUACCUGGUGAUGCACAUGAGGACCCACACAGGUGAGAAGCCGUACAAAUGUGCCCAGUGUCCAGCGACUUUCGUGAAUCCAUCCAACCUUAAUAAACACAAACUUACACACCAGGAGAAGCAGUUCAAAUGUAUGCUCUGUGAGAAAGCUUUUCGAACCGGCACAGCUUUAUGGGAACAUCACGACGCCAAACAUAUGAACAUAAAACACACAUGCACAUACUGCGGACGAGACUUCUGUUACAAAUCCGAUCUACGUAAACACGAAAUCAGGAACCAUAAUCGCGUGAAACGAGAUUACAUAGGAGGUGAGCCGACGUACAAACAAGUGGAGAGGUUGCAGAAGAUACAAGAAGAUGAGAUGGAGAAGUGGAGACAGCAGCAGAUCUCUGAGCCCAACUUCAUGAGUGUACCAGACCCUAAAGAUUUCGUGCAGCACAAUAUGUACGUCUCAGACGUAGGGCCCAUCAUACAACCACUUGGUCAACCGCAAACGGUCGAAAUUACUUUGCCGGAUUUGAGUCUUAAGAAGGAUGAAGUGAAAAUGUAUGAAGCGGAACAAGCAAUGGCCUACUUUUAGUAUCAGUGUGUUCUAAAUUUAAAAUAAAUAUAUAUAUUUUUUUGUAUUACAAUAACAGUUCUGCCAUUAAACAUGUGAUGAAAGUAUUUUAGCCAUGUAGAUGUAGUAAUGGUUUCUAUUUGCAUUUUUAUUAAGUAAAAUAUUGAUUAAUAUUUUUAAAUAAAUAUAGAAUUUUAGUAUUCUAUAUGAACGGCUGAGUGUAAUAGUAAUAAAUAAGUAAAAAUAUAUAA